AUGCCUUCCCUCGUUAUUCCAGAGUCGGGCUUGACGCUGCACAGCUCCCAGGGGUCUCCCUCUAAGGCCGGCUCGAGUCCUCCGGAUGUCUUCGGGCUCACUUUGACCGAUUCAGUAAUUGAGGAGAUGAUAAGAUGUGUACAGAAUGGAAAAGAACUCCAAUUGUCUUUUGGCGAACAACCUUCGCUUUCCUACGGAACCAAAGUACAAAAUCUACAAACCUCCGACGACCCUUUCACAUACGACAUCUUCCAAAGUGCCAAUACCUCAGAUUCAGACUCGAGUACCGCAGACAUGUCUUCGCAACAGAGACCCGACAUGAAGAACGGGGUUAUCAAUGUCCGAAAUAAACCAAACCUGUCGUGGAUUGCCAGCAUCACUGGCAAAAGAUACAUUCCGGCUGCCUUCGCCCAAGCAAAGUCCAAUGCCAAACCUACUACCUCAACCGCAACUGCAAAGACUACCAAGCCGGCAUCCGAUACUACCAGUGCAGAUGCGGCUCUAAGUCAACUUCAAGGCGCUCUCGCUUCCGAGAAACAGAAGAAGUUGGCCAAUACCACUCAAAUCAUCAAUGGCAAUCUAGCUGCACCCCGUCGAGGCGGCCCAGCUCCCAAGUCGCUGACGAACAAGAGCAAGUUCCUCAGCCAAAAGAAUCGUUCCCUUGCGAGCGAUACCACUAGGUCCAUGCCCUCGAGCCCAGCUCUGUCUGGAGCUGGCUCCCCAUCCCUCGGUCCUACCUCUGUCCCACUCUCCCAGCAGCAAGCUGAAAAGGCAAAGGAGGCUCGUAAGCCUGUUAUCCACCUCCUCGCAGUCGAGCCACUCGCCGAGAAGACCCUUCAGAAGCGACUCCCCGAUGUAUCUGAGAAUGAUCUGGACAACGCAUUGCGUAAAGUCGGCGAUUUGAACGAGACUACUGGAAAGUGGGAAUUGCGGAAGGCGUUCUGGAAGGAGCUUGACGUUUGGGCCUACAAGUACGGCUCAAAGGAAGAUCGCCAGCGUGCGAUUGACAACGCCGUCAAGCAGUAUGACAAGAUGCGGCUAGGUGUUUCGGAGCCAGAAUGGGACAGAUUAUUGACCAAGGCCGAGCGUGGAACUGGCAAGUGUUUGAGCAAGUUGCAAGCGGAAAUCGCGAAGGGUUCUUUGGCGGCAAGAAAGUCAAACAGUCAAAAUACGGAAGGAUCUGGCCGCGAUACUCCCAAUGGCGAAGAGGAUCAGUUGGAGGAUAAAACUUUGUCCAAGAUCAAGGGUGAAAGUAUGGCUCGGUCGGCUUCACAACCACCAGCAACGAAGUCGAAGAAGACCAGCGAAAAGGAAGCUCAGGCAAAGCGACUGUUCUCAAAGCACCCACCUAAAUCUGCCAACAAGCCCGCUCCAAAGUCAACAGCUCCAGCCAAGAAAUCGGGACCAGUUCCCAAAGCAGGAACUAAGGUUCUCUCUGCUGAGUAUGUUGAGGAUUCAGAAGAUGAUUCGGAAGCACCUGUGCCAAGCAAAGAGAGCCCUACCAAGGAGAAGACUACCAAGGAAAAGAUUGUUAAGGAGAAGCCAAAGGCAAAGCCGACAAAACCAGCAGUCAUGAAGCGCGCCCGUGAAGAGGAUCACGAUACAAGCGACUCCAGUAUCCCACUCAGCAAGAAAGUCAAAAAGGACGUCCCUGUUACCGCAGCUACCCACCGCGUUUCCGAUGCCAGCCAAACAUCGCGAACCACUAACAGCUCCUACUCUUCUUUCAACUAUAAGAACAAGAGCAACUCUCCUCAGAAGUCCUCUCCUCUCGCCUCCUCUCCACCAACCAAUGCUUCCGAUAUCGAGAACUCCUCUAACGACCGAACCUCGUCAUCCGCCUCUCCGGCUCCUCGCUUCUCCACCAAGAACACUCGAUCGCCUAUCCACAAGCGUCACCAAAAAUCAUCUUCCGUCACCUCAUCCAGUUCAAACGGUUCUCGUCUCAAGCCAAAAGCCAUUGAACUUGCCGCCAAGUAUCGCCUUUACUACCCACGUUACGUCGAGCUCUUUGAGGAAGUUGUUGCCGAAGGUGAUAAGCGCACCAAGAGCAAGGAGCGUGAUCUGCUUGAUAUGCACUCUCGCCUGGAAAAGAUGCGCAAGGAUAUUGCUAUCUACAUGGCUGAUGAGUAA